AUGGAAGGGGAUCAGGAGAAGCAAGAAAAGGAGGGGAGACUGAAUCAGCCACCUCAAAUGACACCCAUGAAGCCAUUGACUCGUGAUGCCUAUGGUGGCGGAAUGUAUGGUAAUGAGCCAGAGCCUAUGCAGGACAGAGACAAACCAUCCAAACCACCAGCCAGUGAGACCCAAAGUGCUGACGGGCCGGCUGAGAAGCCAGAUUUUCAGCCCAAGCACCAACCUCCGCCUUCCACUGGUGACCGAGAUCUUGAUAUCACUGGCCAAUCUUAUAUUCACUUAGACUGUUCUUGUGGUUUGAAAGUGGACACCAGAGACCCUAAAUGGCAUAAGACAUUAACCAAAGUAUUGAAAAGAAUCAGAGGGGUUAGCUACACUAUAGAUGCCGAGGAAGGCACGGCAUUAAUCACAGGUAGAGUGGAUCCAAACAAGCUGCUUAAAAAGUUAUCAAAAGGAGGAAAACAUACAGAUAUCUGUUGGAUUGAGACUGGAAAUAUGAAUAUGAACAAUGCCUACCAGUAUUAUCCCCAUGGAGGAUAUCUUCAACCAGGGCCAGGAUAUCAUCAAGGCUAUCACCCAGGAUAUGCUGUGACCAAUUACUAUCCACAGAGACCACCCCCUCGAUAUGGCUAUGGCUAUGGAUAUGGCUAUGAUCAUCAUAGCUAUCCGUAUCCCACCUGGGCGUAG